AAUAAUCCCUUACUUUAGUUCAGCCGGUCGCACUUUCACCAACGCGAUCCUGACGAUUAAUCCUCGAGAAAUUCCUCCACUAGUAAUUUGUUUAGUGGUACAUUUGUGGUACAUUGAUUUGGCAUCUUCUAUAUAUACAUUUGGAAUAAAAAAUUUUAUAAAAAUAUACAAAUGCAAACAUUUAGAUUGAUCGUCGGAAUCGAUGAGAUUAAAAAAAUCAUCUUCCUGUCGCUUGCCUAUUUCGAAUUUUCUUUAUUUUGUACAUUUGAGUUUUCUCAAAACUCUUUACAAAAAAAUUUCUUGCGUUAUCAGAAAUUGACAAGAAAACAAUUUUAUUACACCAAACGUAUUCUUAUCACUCGAUUUAUUGUUAUUGCACACAGUUCAAGCAGGGAAGCGUUACGCGCAGCUACAUUUAGAAACCAUCUAAAAUUUAGUUACACUAAUAGCAGAAAGUACUAGCAUGUUUUGAAUUUUACUUUAAUUGUACUAAGAGAAAAUAUCGCAGAUUAUACAAUUGUUUUAUUGUACUUAACGUCUCUUUAAUGUUUUCCUUUUCUUAACUCGCUAUAUUCCUUGUUCCCUUUUCUGUAGGAUUGUUUUUUUUCGUACAGAGAAAUACAUUUAUGAAUAGUAUUUCUAAAGUUUUACUGACUUUUUAAUCGGAGUUUGUAUUAGAUAAUUACAGUUAUAGAAACUAAUUCCCGAUCUCAAUAAUGUUAACAUAUGUUAUCAAAGUCAUCACUCUGAAUAAUGUUGCAAAGAUUUUAGCCGGCAGUCAUUGUUGAUUAAAAACUUUUUAACAAAAGAGGUUUGAAAACUAGGAUGUAAUUGUAUUUGUCAUUGAAGAAAGUCAAGUACCAUUUUAUAAUUUAUAAUGAUUCACAUAAGAUAUGACGAUUCAUCACAGGAUAAUGGGUUUUGAUGAUGUAGAACGAUGACAGAGAAAAAAGAUGUUUAUUAGGGGAAAACAGGGUAAUUAUAAUCACCUAAGGAAAUUUAUUAAUAUUUUAACCUUCUGGACCGGCAUGUUUUUGAUCGACUUUUUUUUAAGAGCUAGAACAUUUUUGUUAAUGUCGUGGAGUUGAGUGGCAAAAAAGAUGCCAUUGUCAAGUCUCUAAAGAAGCUUCUGGAAAAAAAUGACAUUCCUUAUUUUUGGUUCUUUUAACUAAAUAUCAUUAGAUAUUAUGUUAGAAUAAUUAUCUAACAUUAUUGUAGAGUAAAAAUUUUACAAAUAACAUAUGUAAAAUUAUUUUUAUACUACAAUUAUAGAGUAAAAAUCGAUAAAAAUGCAUUAUGUCUUCAUAUCAGUUACAUGUCAAGACUAUUCGAAUUACUUUUUCAAAGUACAUCUGCAUUGCAGGUAUGUAAUAGAAAAUUAUUGUGAAUACUUUCAGGAGGAAUUGCCAAAAAAUAUUUCAUCGAUUGUUACAUAUUUUGUUCCAUUUUGUUAUAAAAUCUACAAAACAUGCUACUUUUACUUACGUAUGAGUGAACAGUUCUGAUGUUUUUUAGGGCAAGUAAAUUAUGUGUACGCAAUAAAAUACACUUCUUUACACAAUGUCUCGUGCACGAUACAGUUGUCGAGAAACGUGUGCGCCGGUAUACCUAUAGUGCGCGCGUCGGCUAAGCGCAGCGUUGCUUUUGCUCCUUUCCCUUUAUCCAUCCUAUUCGCCAAUACAUGUACGGACAUAAAUUACAACAUUUUUAAACUAAUUAAGAGCUGCAAACAUCACAAAUCCCCAAAAAUGAUCUAAAACGAUUCAAAGUAUCUAAAGAGGCUUCCAGUCCUCUAAAGGUUAAUGUUAAAGUAGUUUUUUUUUUCAAAACUUUGUAUAGUCACAUAAAAUUAUAGCUUUAAACACAAUCUAUAAACUAUUAAUUAUUAAAAGUUUCAAAUUUUCAUUUACUGAUAUAAGAAAAAAACUAGUUUUGAUCGUGUAGCCUAACCUAAUCUAUCGUGUGUGGAGUUAUACCGAUCAGGCUGUAGGUCAUAAAAAAGUUCCAAAAACUAAAACAAAUUAAAAAAUUAUAAAAUACUGUUUUGUUGUAUGAGCAUAAGACACAUGGGCGGAAAAGAAAUUCAGCCUCUCUCCUUGCAUCUCCAUCCCGAAAAAAACUAACCCAACCUAAUUUUAAUUUAAAAGAAGAAAUAGAGUUGGCUCGCCUACGCGUAUCUUGUGUAAAUCAUUAUAUAUUAUAAAACACACACAAUACUUGACUUCCUAUAAUGACAAAUAAAUACAUUCCAGUUUUCAAAUUUUUUUUGUUAGUAACUUUUUGAUCAACAAUGAUUGCUAAAACUUUCACAACAUUAUUCAGGAUGAUGAUCUUGAUAACAUAUAUCAACAUUAUUGAGAUCGGUUAGUGGUACCUUUAACUACAUACUUUGUAUUGUAUUGAUCUUUCUGUAAGGUCUGUUCUACAAUAAGUCAUAUGUCACUGUCAGACGUCGGGUGCAAGCGUAUUGAGGUGACUCGUGUUGUUGAGAACUAUCGUAAGUCGAGUGAUCAGUUUAACACACUUGCGCCCGACGUCCGACAGCGACAUACGACUUUAUUGUAGACCUAAGGAUACAUUAGUCUAUUGCAAGAAGAGCAACUCUAAUCUUUUUCACGUGACAGUCUUUUCGCGAAACUAAUCGUGACUAACAACAAUUUAUCAUCAUCAUUAUUAUCGUAAUCAUCUCGUUAGACACACAACGCGAUUUGGCCAAAAAAAGAGAACUUUGUCACGACACACAAGAUCUCUCGAGUUCUUAUUUUUUCUUUUUUGUUUUCUUCCGGUAAAACCUAACCUAACCUCUCCUUUCUCUGAAAAUUCACCACACUUGAGAUGCAAAAAGAGCAAGUAAGAGUUAAUCAAGUACAAGACAAGCAAAAACAACUAAGGAAAAACCAGGAAGAAGAAAGAACGUUAUACAUAUAUACUUCCAAAUCACUAACCAAGUGUUGUUCUUCUUUCUAUUUAUUCUGCCCUCCACAUAUGUGACUCCUCCGCCCCUUUUGCUGCCGCCGCCGUUGACACCGCCGGCUCUCCCGACGGAUAAAAUAAGCUCCCGUUAAAUGCACGAUCGUACAGUAUCGACCAAUCAUCAUACCGCUCUCCAGCGUCAUUCAGUUGAGGAGCGUUCCUCAUAUGCCAUAUGUGGCACACAAGAGGCUCGUUACCAUAGUCCAUUCACCGAUCCAUCACGUGUACUACGCCGGCACAGUUGUGCCGAUAAGAGUGCGGGCGCGCGUGCGGCCUAGCAUUCUCGCAGCCGAGUUCAGCAGGAUACGCGAUCUACCAAGACCGACUAGCCGAUCCUAUUUGGAGGAGUACUUAAAUUCCCGACCCAACAUAUUUUUCGAUGAUGAAGCGAGGGAGAUUCGCGCGAGAGUGGAUUCCCUUCUUCGACGCGUCCACGUAUUUGUGCCGAGGGCACUGGCAAGCGAUUUUGUCGAGGAGAUCGUUCCGGAACGUAUGCGCAGCCACGAUUACGUUCGCCGGCUUCUCACCGGUCGCAACAAUGCGAAGAAAGAAGUCGAUUCAUACCUGAGCUGGUAUGAAGUACCCGAUCGAGCCAAUAUCGGCACGUUGGCAUGCGUCAAAUAUGUUGCUGGUAAGCCACAGUCUGUCAGGAAGCCAUACUUCAAGGUCGCGGAUCUUCGACCGGCCGACAUCCGCAACGACGUCAACUUUCUCAGUUAUUACCUCAAGAAUCGUCAGGCGGCCGCAACUGCCUCUCCCAACCAACCAACAGUAACAGAACGAGAGAUGCGAAAGGCGCGCGCGCUAGCCAUCGAACCGACUACUCAAGCACAAAAUCCAACAUUUGCUUCGGAACCAGAGAUAAAACUAGAGAAGAAAGAGAAAAAAAAACCAGAAUCGACGAAGGAAUCAAAACCAGAAUCAAAACUAGCAUCCAAAUCCGUAAAAGAACUAGAGUCGGAAUCGAUUGCGCAACCGAUUGCAGAACCAGCGUCUGUCAAGCUGUCAAAAUCGACAAAGAGCUCGAAAGCCAUGAAAGCGAUGUCUGUCGCGAAACCGGCCGAACUAGCAAAAGAGUCAGAACCUGAACAAGUAAAAGAAUUAGAGCUAGUAAAAGAGCUAGAACCAAUAAAAGAGCUAGAAGCAGUAAAAGAACUAGAACCAGAAUCCAUAAAAGAAUCUGAACCAGAACUAGAAGUAGUGAAAGAGCCAGAACUGGCAAAAAAACUAGAACCAGAAUCCGUAAAAGAGUCUGAACCAGAACUAAAAGUAAUGAAAGAGCCAGAACUGACAAAAGAACACGAAGCAUCGACGGAACCAGCGCCGGCGGAUAAUGCGGAGGCAGUAAGUGACAAUACAAAGGAAAAUCAAAAGGUGAAAAAGGAGAGAGAGGACGCAAUAAAAAGGGCCGAAGAAUAUCUUGCGAAAGUAGUCCGGGAAGCGCAGUCGGAAGAGGAAAGACGAAAAGUCGCGGAAGAAGAACAUCUGCAACUCGAAACGGAAGAGAGAAAAGCGUGGGAAGCAUUGCAGCUUGCGCAAGAACGAAAAGCUGAGUUUUGCCAGAUACUGGAGAUCGAGCAGCAGGAAGCCGAGAGAAAAGCGGAAGAAGCAAAACUAGAGAACGAACGCAAGGAAGCUGAGAAAAUAGAAGAGGGAGAGAGGUUAGCCAAUCAGAUAAAACUAGACGCGCUGAUUAAGGAGCAAGAGAUACUGAUAGUUGAGGAACAUCUCGAGGAGGUUCAGCAUCAAAAGCAGGAACAGGAAGAGGUGGACGUCUUGCAACUUCAAGAGAGCGAGCUAAGAGACAUCAGUUGCGCUGAGGAUCCAGCGGAUCUUGGCGAAGUGACUGAUCAGGAAAACGAAGAGAGACCUUGUGACAUUAUCAUAGAUGACGAAACACGGGUCAAAGAAAAAAACGUUUGCGAAAAAGAGCAUGUCGAUGUAAGAGAAGAUCCGUUUAUCGAGGAGCCGGAAGGACCUGAAAGUAAAUCGCAAACAGAACCGAUAACAGCAGAAGACGGACCACAAAUUGAAGAAGUCCUUUCGGGCGGCGACAAAUUUGAAUGGGAUAAUCAGGACUUGUAAUUGGGAUUUGACGGCUUGCUGCUGCCAAUAGACCAUUUUUUUAUCGUCAUUGUUUUAAACGCUAAGAUUUUUAACACACUUUUUAUCAUCCCUUCGCCUUUUAUCAAUUUAAUAUUUGUUCGCGUUUAUCGUCAGUUAAUUCAUAGAGAUAUUUGAGAGAUUUUCGGCGGAACGCACAGCAGAAUUUGUGAGAUAACUAAGAAAUUUUCAAUUAAUGUUUUUCUCAUUUUAUCGCGCUUUUUCUUUUCUCUCGUUUAAAAGUUUUGUGCCAACUUUUACACGUUUUAUUAAUAUUUAUUUCUCAUGAUACAAACAAUAUGAUAUAUUUCUGAUAACUAUUUUUUUAUCGUCACCUUGAUUUACAAUCAACUUGAUUUGAGACGAACUGAUUGGAGAAAAACAUGCUUUUUUCCUAGUCUUGUGUGUGGUGUUUGUGCACAUUUAUUUUAUUUAUCAAUUGUUGUGUACUUUUCACCGUUAACUCUCGUAUCAUAAAGAGCAACUUGUAAAUCAAGUCUGUCAUGACUAUCAAUUUCUAAUGGUCUGCUGCCGAUGAUGAUUUAUAAUCUCGAAUAAUAAUUGAGUAGAAAUAUCGUGACGAGUUUAGUUCAUUGGGAGUCGUGCAGUUGAAUUAGCUUCAAUGUCGUUUAUUUUUACAGUAACAAGCUUUAAGCUUCAAUUAUAGAAUUAGUUUGACUGCAAUUGUCUGAGCGAUUAAUCGAAAGGGCAAGGAUAUAUAUAUAUACAGGGUGAUUCAGAACAACCCUCUAUCCUUGAAAAUACACAUUCUUGACUAAAUUCUAAAACAACUUUUUAUUUGACAAAAUUUUGUCUGAAGCUUACUUUUUGAGUUAUUAAUACAAAUAGGUGACUUAUCACGAGUCACAGGAUACAAGAAGUAGGCAGGGAUGGCGCAACUCACCAUUAGACGCUGGCGAUUACGUAUGGUGCCUGACGCAAUCAGUUGAUCGCUACACACACACUGUUUCUGUAUCUGUCUCUGUCUCUCUCUCUCUUUUUUUCUUAUUCUUUCACUUAUUUAUUUAUUCAUUUGUAAUUUGUAUCGCUUAAUCCGUGCAUCACAUAAAUCACUGUCAAUCACGGUGAGUUGCGCCGCUCCUACCUACCUCUUGUAUCCGACUCGUGGUAAGUCACCUAUUUUUAUUAACUCAAAAAGUAAGCUUCAAACAAAAUUGUAUCAAAUAAAAAGUUGUUUUCGAAUUU